ACAUUCCAAAACACAGAAUAAUUUUGUUUGAUGUUUUGAGCUUGUUUUUUUUUCUUGGUUGCUGGCUUCUGUUGCAAUCAAUUAAUUUUUGACAAUUUACAAUGGCUUCAGAUUAUUUAAAUCUGGAGAAUGAUAUUAAAAAAGCUUGUGAAUUAAUUGAUAAAUUACAAAAAGUUGAAUAUAAUGCCUGGCUUUCAAGCAAUUCAUCACCAGAAAAAUUGGUUACAUUAAAGAAAAUAUUUGAAAGUGAUUUUUUCAAUGCCGUACGUGAAGUUUAUGAACGUGUAUAUGAAACGGUUGAUAUAACCGGUAGUCCAGAUAUACGAGCUUCAGCAACAGCAAAAGCAACUAUUGCCGUAUUUGCUGCUUCCGAAGGUCAUGCACAUCCAAGAAUUGUUGAACUACCUAAAACCGAUGAAGGACUUGGUUUCAAUGUAAUGGGUGGCCGUGAACAAAAUACACCUAUUUAUAUAUCACGUAUUAUACCUGAUGGUGUUGCCGAUCGUCAUGGUGGCCUAAAACGUGGUGAUCAAUUAAUAUCAGUAAAUGGUGUUAAUGUUGAAAAUGAAUCACAUGAAAAAGUUGUCGAAUUAUUAAAAUCAGCAAUCGAUAAGGUAACAUUAGUAGUAAGAUAUUCACCUAAAGUAUUGGAAGAAAUGGAAAUGCGUUUCGAUAAACAACGAAUUCGUCAUCGUAAAUUUAAAUAAUUAUCUUAUAAAUGAAUUCCAAUUCAAUAAUGUUCAUCAUUUUUUUCUUUCUCUCUUGUAAUUGUUUCACUUAUUCGUCCAUCUCACCAAACAACAAUCACUAUCAUUUUUUUUUGUCUUUUCAAAUUUUUAUUAACUCUAUAUUUAAUUUUAUUAUAUUGAAUUGAAUUUACA